UAGUGGCCGCCCAGACCACGCCGUCGCCGAUGAAGACUAAAUGUAGACUGAAAUUCAAUUGGUACUUCUCAGAGCUGCGGCUGCGGCGUUUCUCCACCACCGCUAACAUCGAAUCGCUCUUCAACAAAUACAUUGACAGAAGCAGCAUCCACUCAUGGAACUCUGUCAUCGCCGAGUUAGCUCGGAGCGGCGACUCAAUCGAGGCCCUCAAAGCCUUCUCCUCACUUCGCAAAUCCGACCUUAAGCCUAACCGCUCAACCUUUCCCUGCGCUAUCAAAUCAUGCUCCGCACUCGCCGAUCUCAAUUCCGGUAAGCAAGCUCAUCAACAAGCUAUUAUCUUUGGCUAUGCUUCCGAUCUAUUUGUAUCUUCCGCGCUAAUUGAUAUGUAUGCCAAAUGCCGCGAAUUGCGCGAUGCACGGAACAUGUUCGACGAAAUUCCUCACAGAAAUGUUGUGUCAUGGACUUCGAUGAUUAAUGGAUAUGUUCAAAAUGACUGCGCUAGGGAGGCUCUGCUGCUGUUUAAGGAGCAGUUGGUUGAAGAGAGCGUGGAGGAGGGGUGUUUUGUUGAUGGAGUCACGAUGGUUUCGAUUCUGUCUGCUUGUUCUCGUGCUUGUGAGAAGAAUGUGACGCGUGGGGUUCAUUGUGUUGUGAUUAAAAGAGGUUUCAAUGAUGAUUUGGGGGUUGGGAACACUUUGAUUGACGCUUAUGCCAAAUGUGGGAUGCUUGAGUGUUCAAGGAGAGUGUUUGAUGGUAUGAGUGAAAGGGAUUCCAUCUCUUGGAACUCUAUGAUUGCAGUAUGUGCGCAGAGUGGGGCAGCGGAGGAGGGAAUUGAAGUUUUCCGAUCAAUGGUGAGGAUUGCAGAGUAUGAUGCGGUGACUUUGUCAGCUGUGUUGUUAGCUUGUGCUCAUGCUGGAGCUCUUAGAAUCGGGAAAGGAAUACAUGUUCAGGUGAUGAAGAUGAGCUUGGAGAGCGACGUAUUUGUUGGAACUUCGAUUAUUAACAUGUACUGCAAAUGUGGCAGAGUUAGUUUAGCUAGGAGAGCAUUUAAUAGGAUGAAUUUCAAGAAUGUGAAGACAUGGUCCGCCAUGAUUGCUGGCUAUGGAAUGCACGGCCAAGCAAGGGAGGCUCUCGAGAUUUUGGCAGAGAUGAUUCGCCGUGGAGUGAAACCUAACAGUAUCAGUUUUGUAUCGGUGCUAUCAGCGUGUUGCCACGCUGGUCUGGUGGAUGAAGGGUGGCACUGGUUUUGCACAAUGCAGCAUAGGUUUAAAAUAGAACCGACUAUAGAGCACUACGGCUGCAUGGUUGAUCUCCUUGGGCGGGCGGGUUUUCUUAAAAAGGCUUAUGGUUUGGUCCUGGAUAUGAAUGUCAGACCUGAUCUUGUGAUUUGGUGUUCUCUUUUAGCUUCGGGUAGGAUACACAGAAACAUUGAGAUAGCGGAGAUCUCUGCAAGGAAAUUGUUUGAGUUGGAUCCAAAUAACUCGGGUUAUUACACAUUGCUUUCGAAUAUUUAUGCUGAUGCUGGUAGGUGGGAUGAUGUGAAAAGAAUUCGAAUAGAUAUGAGAAAACAUGGAAUUGCUAAAUCUCCUGGAUUUAGUAUAAUUGAACUUAAAGGUAGGGUUCAUGUGUUUCUGGUUGGUGAUAGGCAGCAUCCGGAGCAUGAAAAGAUAUAUGCUUACCUAAAAGAGUUAGCUGCGAAGCUUCAAGAAGUUGGUUAUGUACCUAGCGUGAGCUCAGUUCUUCAUGAUGUUGACGAAGAAGAAAAGGAGAUCGCGUUACAAAUUCACAGUGAGAAGUUGGCUGUUGUUUUCGGACUUAUGAGUUCGAUUCCUGGUACAACCAUCCAGGUUACGAAGAAUAUUAGAACUUGCGAAGACUGUCAUACGAUGUUUAAGUUGAUUACAAAGAUUAAAGAUCAUGAUAUUGUGAUAAGAGAUCCAAAACGGUUUCACCUCUUCAGCAAAGGUGUUUGUUCAUGUGGAGACUACUGGUGAGGUGCUCGAUUGAGAAUAUCUAAGAUUUAAGACAACUCAAUCCUGUGGUGUUUCCUUUUCUCUUGGUACUGGAAUACUGCCUUUGAAGAAUUAUUGGUUUAUGAAGAGUGGCAACAGAUCCUUGUUAAAAUCAACCGGCAAGACGUAGUUCCCUCGUCCCUUAAAAAUAUGAAUUUUAAAGGGCACGAGUGCAUAAUUUUAAGGGACAGGGAGAGUAUAAUAGAAGGAAACUGGAUUACUUGCUGAUGAGUUUACAGCUACAUCAGAUGAAAUCAGGAAAGUUGGUUGAACUUAAAUGUUGAAGAAGGAAGCAUCAUGCUUUGCUGCAGAGAAAGAAAGCGGUUUUUAACAUAUUUUAUAAAUGUAAUGGGGUGAUUUGCAAAUCUUAAAUUUUUUCUACAGUAGAUACCCAAAUUUGGUGUUCUACUCUAAAUUUGGUGUUAGUUCCAUUGAACCCAAAAAUGGAUUUGGGUUUAGUGUAUGGUUGGAGAUGUUUUUUAUACCAAAAGUAGAAUUUGAUGUAUGGUUAGAGAUGGUCUUAGUGGAUAGCAUGUUAUGUUAUGCUUACGAGUAACAGGAGAUCCAUAUCCAUUGAACACUACAUUUAUUAAAGUAGACCAUAAUCUAUCUAUACAUAUAUAAAAGGCGAGUUCUGGCCUUUAAUGUAAA